UAAAGGGCGCAAGCCUAUAGUAUUUAGUAGGUAACUGACAUUGUGUGACCUUUUGUGAGUAGUCCGAAGUGACCUGUAGUCCGGAGGCCCCAUAUCAUUGAUACGGCUGAUACAGCGGUAGCUACGCCUUAGAUGUUGAGUCAACUAUUAUUGUUUUGAUUGUUGUUUCAGUCAAUAGUCUUACAGCAAAAAGCUUCGACGAACAACAAUAUAUUCAAUUCAAUUCUUCUUGAACAAUAUAUUUUGUAAACAUUGUUAUUAAUUUUAAAAAAGAACAAAUAAUUAUGACAGAGGAGGUAGGUAGUAAAAAAUCACAUGUUGAUGUACUCGUGGCUUCUCCUACUGUACGUCAAUCAAUCCAUCAACGUCGCUAACACAAAUGUGUUACUGCGCAUACUUUAAUUUACAGUCAGUUUGUUGGCUUUUAUUCGAUACUAAAGACUAGUGUCAGAGAAUAAUUGUAAAUUAUAUCGAUUUACGCUCUCCAAUCUCUAGUUCUUUUAGGUACAAACUGACAGUUUACUCCUGCGCCUGCCAAUGCCACCCGUGUGACGUCUGUGGUAACACCAAUCACCACUGAUCCGUCAGCGUCAAGUCAUAAUGUCAAUCUUUGAGUUUGAUGGUUUCCCAAUGUAUUAUACUACUCUAUGGUUUGAUGUCAAUUGUCAAAAUGUUAAUACUGAAAUUUCAAAAGCUGUUUGUUUUGUGGUCAAUACAUAAUUAUCAAUAAUAUUUACAUUGUUUUCUCCAAGCAUUAAUGUCUGUGUCUCCAAGGCCCAAGCUACGCGACAUUGGCAUAGUAAAUUGUGCUGUCUUGGCAUAACCAAAAGCCAUUAAAUAUAUAAGAAGAAUAAUAAUAAUAAAUAUUCACCUUCAAAGAAUAAAUUCUUAAGAGGUCCUACUCCUGCAUUACUUCGUUUUGUUAAAUUAUAUAUAUAAACUAGAAAAUGCGGUUAGACGACCAGAUCACUUUAUUAGCACUAAAAUACAUAUGUGGUGAGAAUAAGGAAUUAUGCAGGUUAUGUUUAUCCUCAAUACAAUCAAGAGAAGCAGCAGUUUCAUUAAAAAAUAUUGUACAAGUUAAGACUCCAUACUGUCAAGAUUCAGUAACUUAUAACUGUGUCCUCACCAAUCUAGGUAUCCCUGAUGAGCCUCUUCUGCCUCAAGUUGUGUGCAGCGACUGCACAACAAUUUUAAUAAAUUCAUACCUUUUUCAACAACUAAAAGAAUUCUCCAACAAUAUAUGGGAUAAGGUGUUAAAAGAUCUCAACAACACCUUUUCAAACUCAUGCAAACUUAACUUGCAAGAUAUGAAUAGUGUAUUUGCUACUAUACACAAAACUGAUAUGUUCACCAGUCAUCAAAAAUGCACUACUGGGACUAAACAAAGAACUCUAUGUAAUGUUAAUAAAGCUAUUAAAUCAUACAAAAAAAGCUUAACAGGGAAUAAAAGUGAAUUAGUUUGUGAGAAAUGUGGAAAGAGAUUCAAAGCACAGUUUUUGUUGAAAAAACAUAUUAAAUUCCAUAAGAAAACUUUACACCCAUGUCCUAAUUGUACAAAAGUAUUUAGUAUGCAGAAUUAUUUACACAUACACAUUGAAAGAGUGCAUUAUCCAAAAAAAAUUAAAUGUGAUAUUUGCCCCAAAAAGUUUAGUACUAAAAGAGUUUUAAAACAUCACUUGAGAACAGAACACAUUCCUAUGAAAUGUAAGGACUGUGAUAUUGAAUUACCAUCUAAAAAAGCUCUUAAAUUCCACUUGGACCAUCACAAAGUAAAUACAUGCCCUUUCUGCAACAAAGGUUACAGAAACAUAAAAUAUUUCAAGUUACAUAUGAAGUACUGUGGGAAAAUUGGAAAUCCAGAUACCUACAUUUGUGAUAUCUGCCAAAAAGCAUAUCAAGCCAAAAGUGGUUUAAAUUCUCAUAUGAAAACUGCACAUGGAUUUGGUAAAGUUCUAUCUUGCAAAUGGUGUAAUAAAAAGUUUGAUGUCAUCAGUCGACUGAAUGAUCACAUUGUGACACAUACAAAGGAGAAAAAGUUCUAUUGUGAGAAAUGUGGAGGGAAAUUUGUUACACACAAAUCAUUAAUUAAUCAUAUACGUUUACACACUGGAGAACGUCCGUACCCUUGCAGUUUAUGUGAUCAAAGCUUUUUAUCUGCUUCUAGAAGAUUGGAACAUCAAAAGAGGAAGCACUUUGAACCAGCACAUAAAUGUAGUUUAUGUGAGGCCAAAUUUGUAACCCGCUAUGAAUGGCGAAAGCAUUUGAAAAGACAUUUCAAACAAAGCAGUAAAUUGUAUGUAACAGGAUCUGACAUACCGCAAAGUUAACAAUAUCAAGAUCUAAUUCACUUGAAAUUUUGUUACAAUAAAGCUUUCCUAUAUUAUAUAAAACUACUGUAUCUACACAAA